AUGCCGCGGGGUUGGGACGAUGAGUUUUACUACUCGGACGAGCGCUACGGCGCUCGACACGUACCGCCUGGAGGCAUAGCCCGCGACCCCUUCCGCCACAGCGGAGGACUUCUCGAUCCCGGCGCCGCUCACCAUCGGUACGCAAGCGGCAUCCAUCGCUCUCACUCUACCGGGUCGCGCGGCAGUCCUCGCGGCGCAGGUACCCCGAACAUCCACAUAUACAACAAUAUCGACCAGGAUAUGCACCCGCGCAUGGACGCGCGCGCAUCGCAGCGCACGCCGAGCGCCUCUCCUCGCGGCCGCCCCCUCGUGCUCGACGACGAGUGGGCGCUCGAGGACGACUUCCGCAUCCAGGCGCGGUCGAGGUCGCGCGGUCGCCCAGGCUUCGCUGAACACUUCCACCACCACGAUCACUUCGGCGCUCCCGUGCCUCCAGCCGCCGCAUCGCCCAGCCCGGACUACCGCGCGGUGCAGCUGGCGCUGAGCGAGGAGCGGGCGCGCGAGAUGGAGGCGCGGCUGCAGCGCGAGCAGCAGGAGGAGUUCCUGCGCAAGGACAUGGAGCUCAAGUACAUGCGGCAGCAGCAGGAGCGCGAGGAGGAGGAGGCGCUGUUCCAGAAGCGGCUGAAGCUCAAGAUGCUCAAGGAUAAGCAGGAGCGCGACGAGGAAGAGGAGCGGCUGAAGCGCGAGGAGGAGCGCAUCCGCGAGAAGUACGAGCGCAAGCGGCUGGAGGAUGAGCGCAAGCGCCAGAAGGAGGAAGAUGAGAUCAAGGAGCUGAAGAAGCGCGCGGUGCAGGAGGAGAAGGAGCGCGCUGCUAAGGAGGCCGCGGCCAAGAAGGCGGCGGCUGAGGAGUACAGGUUGAAGAUGGAGAAGGAGGCGAAGGAGGCGGAGGAGGAGCGCAAGCGCAUCAUCGCCGAAUUUGAGAAGAAGAAGAUGGAUGAUAUGAAGAAGAAGCACGAGCAGGAGCAGGCACUGAUUGCGCGGCUGAAGCAACAGGAGGAGGACAAGAAGAAGAAGGAGAAGGCGGAAUGGGAAGAGUUCGAGCGCAAGCAGAAGGAGAAGCAGGAGAAGGCGGCGGCGGAGAAGAAGAAGAAGGAAGAGGAGUUUGAGGCCGACAUGCGCAAGCGCCUCUCCCAGUUCGGCUUCCAGGAGAACCAGAUCCAGGCCAUGAUUAAGCCCGAGAAGGCCCACGAGCUGCCCGUCGGCCUCAGCCCGGCCAACCCCAUCGAGCAGCACCACCACCAUCACCACACCCACAAGCCAACAUACGUCAAGGUGCACCGCGAUCACCUCGCCGUCGAGACGCUAACGUACUACGGUCUGCCGUGGGAGUGGGAUAGGACCGACACCGACUACAUCAUUAUCCUCCGCGAGAUGGACCCUCGUGAGACGGAUAUCCUGUUUGAGCACACGAAGCGCCUCCGCACCAAGACAACUGAGACACGCUUGCUCAUCCAGGAACGUCGCGACCGCGAUGGCAAGCCUGAGUACGCGUGGGUGCGCAAGCGGAGCAAGAGCAAGAGCCCGAUGAGGAUUCGCUCGGCCAGCAGCCCUAAGAGGACGCUGUGGUUGGCUUGA